AUGCUGCAGACAAGAAACGCUCGUGAGAUCCUCGAGGCUUCUGAGAUUUUGCUGCAAAUGUGCGACCCCGAUUGUAGCCAGCCCUCAGCGCAUUCAAACCAGCGGGUUCCUGCAGCUGGCUCCGAACGUAAUGCUACUCGAGAAACAAUCACUGCAGUGAACGAUACCACUGGUGGUAAUACGCGGGCUAAUACUCGAGCGCCUAUCCAGAUGACCGCGGUGCCCAAUACAAACCAACACUGUGCUCGGCCAACUGUGGUUGGACAGCAGGGCUCCCACAAUCGAGUGCAAUCAGCCCCUACGAAUCGACUUCGAAUUCAGCAACCAAGUAGUGGUUGGUAUAUGCCUAUACAGCCUCCUUUGAACCAUGGCCAAGCAGCCCCAGCGUCGAAUAUGGAUCAGAAUGCCUUUAAGCGGGCUGUGCCCGAGCAGAGGCUUGUCCCCGUGAACGCAAACCAGUCCUUGCAGGCGUACCUCAUUCAUCAACAGCGCAUCGCUGGUAUAGCGCCACAAGAUAUGAUUACCAUGCCAGACCAGCAGAAAAACACCAAGUCGCAGCCAGGAGCGCGGCCAGGAGGCCAGGGUAACACUCCUUCUUUGGUACAAUUCUCACGUGAAGGCUCCGUUGUGUUUCCUCAAGUGGCUCCCGCGAGGUUUGAUGGUGUUCUUCUGCCGCCUCCCUCGUGGACGGCUCGGACACCUCAAUCACUUAGACCUGGGGCGACAAGUGACCCUGCCAAUUACGCCACUGGAAAGGGAGUCCAGUCAAUGAACGAAAACAUCGGCACGCAAGGCGAUUCGGUUGGUCGAGAUAGAUGCAACGUUGGUACUUCUCAUUUGCAAAGCCUUACAACUACUAGCCAUGCAAAUGCGCAUACUGGGCAGUGCAAUGAACCUAUCGGCCAGCAGGGCUACUCGCUGUCUUCAAAUCAGCUGCCUCGGCUGCGGAAUAACAUCACUUCUGUGAAUGGACCCAGGGACUGGACCGCAUCUCAGAGCACCAGAGUUCGCCAUCAUUUCAGCUCACAAUUGGACUUUCUUGGCGUGUUGACCUCAUUCUCACAGCUACUGACUAGGGUUAUCGAUUCGCUUGAAGUGAAUGAUUUCCUCAACCUGUAUGCGGCUUCCAAACGCUUCUACUCCUAUGUAAAAGCGAACCCUGAAGCAACCAUAACGCGCUUCGCGUUUAAACGCUUUGGCGACACUGCUCAAACUUUUGCUCAUCCGUGUUACCAGAAGCUCACCGUUUACAGUCGCGGCCCCAGACCUGAAAACGUCCCGGGACAAGUGUUGGAGAUGCGCCCGUCGCCAAGAUGGCUCAAAAUGCUCGACUCCAGAGAAAAAGUUGUCAAGGACAUUAUGGGCUUCUUUGACCAGAGUGGAUACACCCUUACCUCUCGAUGCGUGGGGGUGCUAAAUAAACUAUGGUUCCUCAUGGACAUCCCCGACAAUCGCCGUCGCACCUUCGCAGUUCAGAAUAAAUACCUUUGGUCGGACAAUGAAGUUUUCUACGCGGUGUUUAUCUUCGCUCAAAUCGAAUCGCGCUUCACCCAUAACGUAUCCGGAACCCCACGCUCAGGUUUCCGACGCCUCCUCCUGGGUCAGAAAAGCUUAACCCUGCUGCACGACGCAUUGAAAGGCACCGCCCUCCGCACGAACUACGAAGUCUUGAGGGAGUUUAUCCGGUGGAAGUAUAUCCCCACCCCCGAUGAGGCUGACAUGUUUCUUUUCGGUGUCCCUGCUGGCGAGCAUGGUCUGCUUCAGUACGAGUACUACGGCCGUACUGCGAAUCGAGAGAAACUCCAGCGACCCGACGAUCUUUUGUUGAGAGAAAUGACCCGGCGUCAGUUGGAUAUGGGGUCUAUGUAUGCGUGGGUCUAUGUGCAGAGUGAAAUGGAUCCAUCGCUGAAGCGCGAUUACCAGCUUGAGCCUGAGACUUCAUUUCUUCAGCUGAUUCUUUAUGAAGCGAAGAAGAACAGCGAUGAGCCGUCGAACUGGUGGAAGGAUGCGGUGGUCGAUAACUACUGUAGGGAGUCUGUCUGAUUCUCUUCGUUUUGCUUGCUUUCUUUUGCGUUGCGUUGAGUUGGUUGAAUUCAAGGAUAUGUUCACCAUUGAGGUAUUUACGCACCAUGUACUUGGCAGGUUUAAUGAUAAAGGAAGACAAUCUAUAAUCAAAAAUAGAAUCCAGAUUUGGCGAAGC